AUGGUUCACUUGGCUUCCGCUUUCACACUUGCCCUUGCUGGUAUCGCCGGCUUCGGACUCGCUCAUCCCGGACACGAUGUCAAGGCUGAAGCUGCCGAGCGCGCUGCCUAUUUGAAGAGUGUUCCUGUCCAGGCCCGUGAUCUCUCCCACUGUGCUUCCAGCUUCGAAAAGCGUGGUGUCGAGAAUCCAAACGUUGCACGUCGCCAAGCCGCUGUGGAAGAGCUGCGACGCAAGCGCGGUCUUGCUACCGGUUCGGGAUACCUGAAGGCUCGCGAUUUGGACUCUACCUUGGCGACUAACCACCAUUCUAACUUGACUCAUGUUGACCCUUCCACUGAUCCGCGGGUUUUGUUCGGCUCUGAGGGAACCUGCAUUGUUCAGCCCGAGGUCACUCAAGGACCAUACUACAUCGCUGGCGAGCUCAUCCGUGAUAAUGUCGUGGAAGACCAGGCUGGUAUUCCGCUUUUCAUGGAUAUUCAGCUGAUUGACACCAAUACCUGUCAGCCUCUGCCUCAUAUCUAUACUGAUAUCUGGCACUGUAACGCCACCGGCGUUUACUCUGGCGUUGUCGCUAGUGGAAACGGUAACAAAUAUGAUACCACCAACGUGAACACCACUUUCCUUCGCGGUGUCCAGAAGAGCGGCAGUGAUGGUGUUGUCCGAUUCGAAUCAAUCUUCCCUGGUCACUAUACCGGCCGUGCUACGCACAUUCACGUGGUCACCCACCCGGCGAACGAAACCAAGAUUCUUCCCAACGGAACCAUUGCCGGUAUCUACGACGGACACUCGUCUCACGUGGGCCAAAUCUUCUUCGAUCAGGAUUUGAUCAGCGCCGUCGAAGAAUACUCGCCAUACUCUUCCAACACCCAGGACCUGACCACAAACUCGGAGGAUAGUAUCUUGGAGACCGAGGCCGAUGACACGGACCCUUUUAUGGAGUAUGUGUACCUGGGUGACAAUGCCUCGGAUGGAAUCUUUGCUUGGAUUUCGAUCGGUGUCAACGCCAAGCGCGACGAUAGCCUUUCUCCUGAGGGUUACUGGACUGAGAAUGGUGGUGAAGUUAACGAUGACUUCGAAAUGAACAUGGCUGGAAUGGGUGAUAUUGGCGAUAUGAUGCCUACUUCUAGUGCUGUGGCCUCGGCUAGUACGUCUGCUUAG